AUCAAGUGCAUAUCAAACAUACCUAUAUCGAGUAAAUAAAUUACUUGAAAUUUUAUUUAGAAAUGUUUUCAUUGGGUUAAGGGGAAGUAAAUCACUAUCAUUUUAGAGGCAUUUACUUUAAAAUCGCUUGCGAAUAAUCAAUGAUUGUGCUGUGAUCAUUAUGUGUGACCUAAAAUUGUGUCUUACUGGUUUGGGCAACUUGCAACUAGUUAGUCGUGGAUCCGGACACAUUUCAUUCAGUGAUAUUCGUUCACCCUUUAGUUAUCUUUAGCCUUAUAAAUUAUCAGAAAAGCGAUACUGAAUUUGGUGCAGUCCGGACAAGAUAAGGUGGAGGAAAAAAUGAGGAUACUGUCAGGAUCGCCCACAAUAUGCACAGUUUGUAUUCUAUUAAUGUAAGAGUAGAACUUGUGCAAUUGUUGGAUAUUUCACACAGUGAGAUAGUGUUAUUUAAUAUUGUUGCAUACGAGCCCGUGGAAAUAUGAUGAGUUGUAUAUCUUUACAAAUGUAGAUCGUACAUCAGCAAACUGUAAAAGGGCUUCACUUGUAGUUGUUUCUUUGAUCAUAUAAUUCACUUCAUUCUUUCUGUUUUCACUGUAAUGAUGUAGACCGUUACCUCCCUACCUUGUUUUGUGGUGCGAAUAUAUAGACCGAACUAUGUGGUUCCUUCAAAAGUCUACACGAGGACACAGAUACCUCGCAUUCGAUACGAGUAGGUUAAGUCAAGAUGUUGUGAUGCAUUCAAAUGGGUCUUUAUCGCGGAAACGGUGUUUAAACAGUAAAACGUUCGUUUUUAGCAGGUGUACGUUUAUUUUAUGGCCAUGGUGCUUUAUGUGAUGGUGAUACAGUGUCAUCUAUUACGUGCUCAAAACAUCAUGCAUUUAGUAAAAUUGUAUUACUGUUACAUAAAGUGGAAUCAUGCUUGUCCAAAUUAUCCACCAUCCACUCCUACAGUGUUAGCAAUUAAAUGAAUUUAAAUUAGUCACGAUACGAUUAAAAUGAAUCCUACUCAACUAGGUUCUUUAUGAACUAUUUGCGUGGCUGACUACGUGUUUGAAGAAGAGAUUCUCGAACUAUAUGGGUAUUUACAAUGAACUCAAGAAAAACUCAGACAAGAACGGUGAUGUCCUCUUGAGAGUUUGUGCAAGACUGAUUGAAAAAUUCUCGGUUUUGGAUUCGUCCGAGAAAUAUCUAGACUAUACGAAAACGUUUAUAAAAACUGUAGUUCAGUCUCGACUACCAUUACCACUUGGAUGCUCAACAUUUAAUGAUAUGUGCGAAUUUGUUCUUGAAAUGGAUCCAUGCAAUUUAUAUGCUCUUGAAGCUAGUUUCCGCUUGGAAAUUGAGUUUUUCUUCUUCUGUGGAUUUCCUGAACUACUUGAUCCCAGUUUGUCAAGUCAACCGAUGUUCAUUAAUUUAAUACAACGGUUUAAUCCAUUCAUCAACUCGUCAUCAUUAUUCUUAAAACGAUUAACACGAUUUGAGCAAUCACUGGAAACAAUGCAGGAAUCGAUAAGUCUAUCUAAAACAUUCAAUAUCACAUUAUGUUUAAGUCAUUUAUUGUUAAAAUUGUAUACCCAUUUUCUGCCAAAUUUUAUGCCAACAACGGAUUAUAAUAACUGUAAUAAUAUUUCCAAAUCUGGAAAUCCAAUUCCAGAGGAUGCAGACUUACGGAAUUAUAUAAAGAAUGAGAUUGAUAAGCUUGAUUUCGAUGGAGUUAUUGGAUUUAAUAACUGGAUAAAGCAUGAUGUAAUCGAUAUUCAUGCCGGACUAUUUUAUGGAUUGGCUUUGUUCAAAUUAUAUCAGUUCAAUGAAUGCAGUUCUGUUAUUCGUAAAUUAAUAUAUGACAUCGAUAGAAAUUGCAAACAAUUUAAUGCUGAAUCUGCUAGAUUUAUUGAGCCUGUGUCAAAAUUUAUUGAGAAAUCACGCGGUAGUAAUGCUACAAUGAAUGUUUCGUCUAAACACUCACUGUGUACUCCAUUUCGUUUAAAUAUACAUAAAUUCUUCGUUUGUGUUCAGACAGCAUGCGAUGUGUAUACGUUUAUUAAAUAUUGGCUUAACAUUAUUUUUAUGGCGAAUACUUGUAAUUUAAGAACUUCUGCUAUAACUAUUGAAGAAACUGGAACACUUCCCUGUUGCACAGGAAAUACUGAUUUUAUCCCAUCUAAUUGGAAAGACGUAUAUCUUACACUUUCUAUGGAAUACUAUCUUGUUUUAAACAAUGUGAAGAAUGCAUUUCAUAUUUAUGAACAGUGGAAAAUUCUUCAUGGUUAUCACUAUAAGUCAACCACUGAUACUAUGGAUCUUUCUCCACGUUUUCUAAUCUGCUUAGUAUGGUUAAAGGCAAUUCUUAGUCUUAAAUCAUCUGAGUUCAAAACUGAAGAGAUAACACCGCACUCCGUAAAAGAUGGAUUAUUGAAUAUACUGAAAACAAGUAAUACGAUUCUCUCGAGUCGUUAUCAAUAUUUGGUUGGUUGUGUGAUGGAGUUUUUUGCACAGUCAUUUCCAGAUUGUUCAUCAACCAUGGGUUGUGAGGAACAGUUGGCAAAGUUUUCACUUGGUGUUCAAUAUGCUAAACACUAUUAUGCUAACCACUUACAAAUGGGUCAUAUAUACCGUGAAAUGGAACGUUCCAAAGAAGCACUAACCUCUUACACUGAGGCGUAUAAUUCAAUGCCUAAUUUGCCGAUUUGUGCUUAUAACUAUGCAGUGGCAUUGUGCAGACAAGACGAAUGGGAAAAGGCCUUAGAUGUAUAUUCUUCUAUUAACCAGAGUGAAUUCACUAAAGAAAUGUGGCUUAAUUAUGGCUUGAUUGCUUUACGUUUGGGUCGAAUAUACGAAUGUUUACCAGCUUUGCAACGGGUUGUUCUAGCUAAAAAUGAAGCUUUAUAUUGGGAAAUUCUUGGAGAAGCUUAUCUACUACGAAGAAGUCAUGAAACAGCUGUUAGAGCAUUUAAUCGUGCUUUAGAAUUAGAACCUAAUCGACCGUUUACACUGAUUCUGUGUGGACGGACUUAUCGUCAUAUGAAUGAAAUUUAUUCAGCACUAUCUUGCUUUAAUAAUGCCUUGAGUAUGAUUGAAAACAGUUAUAUGACGGAUCCUAUGUGUCGAAAAUUUUAUAUUCUGAUUCUUAAAGAAUUAAUUGAAAUCCACAUGACCAAGUGCCGAUCUGGUAUAUAUCAAGGGUACACUGGUCAAGCGAUAAACGAUUUACAGUAUGUUUUACGUUUACUAGACAGAUUACUAGGUUAUUUCAUCGGUUCGAAGGUAGUGCCGUUUUGGUUUUUCCGAUAUACUGGAGAUGUGCUCAGCUUGCUCUCCGUUGUUGAUGAUCUCUUUCUAUUAAUUGAAAUACCUACACGCAUGGUUUCGUUAAUGGAGAAUGUUGAAAUAUCUACAGAUUCAAAAAUAUCAAAUGACACGGUUAAAAUCAAUAUUGUAACGUGUCUUCAACUCGCAAACAUUUACUUCGCUUGUGCUCUUCGUACACGCAGUAGUUCAGUCAGAUAUCCAGCAGCAUCGUUAGAUCCUAAUGCUGGUGUGUCAACAAGUGAAACGGAGUCUGAACAUCAUCCAUCAAGACUACUAGUUAUCGGUUCAUUAUUAGUCAGUUUAGGCGUACAUCAAUUGAAUCAAGGAUAUUAUAUCCAACGUAAUAUUGAAAUGAAACAACAAUUGUCUAAUUCACCUCAUGUUAUAAAGUAUAAUGGAUUCAGUUCAAGUGAAUUAUAUCGUCUAUCUGAAUCAACUCUUAAACAAGCUAUACAAUUAUUAGAUAGUUUAUCAAAUAUAUAUAAAGACUUUUUAAGUGAAUUAUUGAAAGAUAAAAGUUUACUUGCUCCAGGAGUCACAACAUUAGAUGAUGAAAUCGAUGAAACAGAUACACGUGAUCGUCUAAUUUUGAUUGGUAGACUUCAAUCGCGUGCAUGGUCUGCAUUGGCUGGAAUUUAUUCAACUAGUGAAGAAAACUUUGAUUCAGAAAUUACUUAUUGCCUUUGUCAAGCAUUACUUUUAAAUCCUGAUAAUACUACCGUCAUGGUUAAUUUGGCGAUGCAACAGAUGAAGCAAGGUCAAACUGAGCUGGCAGUAAAUUUGGUAGCACAAGCAAAGGCUGUUGAUCCGGAUAACUUUAAAGUUUGGCUUGUUUCUGCUCAGUUGGCUGCUGUCAUGUCUGGUGGUCCAUCGAUUGGUCCAGGUUUACUGGUCAAUACUGAAGUGUUAAGUCAUCUGAUACAUGCUGGAUUUACUGGUUCCAAUUAUCGAGUGGCUUCACAGCUGACACUUCAUCUUAUACCUAUAAUCAUUGAGUAUGCUCAAUAUAAUUUCCUAUGUGAUCCAUCAACAACAACAUCAUCAUCGAUAUCAAUGUCACAACAGGAUAGUUCAGCGUUAAUUCAGAUGUUUGACAAAAGAGCCCAUUUACGCCUUUCAAUUAAUGUUGCCAUAGAAUGCUUAAAUCGUGCUAUUGCUUUUGAACCUGGAAAUAUACGUUUAUGGCAUAAUCGAGGCAUACUACUUCAGUUGAUGGGGUUCUCUGUCCCAGCUAAACAAUGCCUUAAAAAAGCUGUAUCACUACUAAAUAAGCAAAAGGGGCUCUGCUACCAGGAUAAUCCAGAUGAAUUGGCAUUCCGCAGUUUGGUUUUAUCGCAUUAUUUCCUUAUUACAUAUAUAUGUGGUUCACCUGAUUGGCAAGUUGGUAAUCAACUGGUUACUUUAACGAAAAAUCCAAACUCUACUUUCUGUCAUAGUUUAGCUGAAGCGUGUGCUAAAGGCAUUAUCUAUACAAUGUGUCCUGAUAGACCAAGUCUACCGAACUUAUCAAUGAUAUGUUUAACUAAAGAAAUCGAACGUCUACAAAAUCAAGGCUCAUAUGUUACUAAAUCAGCUAUGGAAUUUCAACCGAAUGCUGGAAUCUGGUUAAUGAUGACUAUACAAUUACUUGAUUGUUCAUAUUUUGGUCCAGUACAAGAAAUGAACAAAUUACAAUCAUAUUUAACUGAAUUAAAACUUAAUGCAUUGUCUUUAUCAUCAUCUUCUUCAUUGUUGUAUCGUUCUAUUUCAUUCCCACUUGCUUAUAAUUUAAGUCAAAUUGGUGUACGUUUAGGCAAAGAUGUGAAUUGGUUGACUAACUCACCUUUAUGCAAAAUGAUCUAUGAAAUAUCAUCCAGUAAACAAAUGGAAUAUGAAUCAUUAUCUAAUUUGCCUGAUUUGUAUAGUAAUCGUUUAGGUGAUAAUUAUUUACCUUUGGGUGGACAGCUGACUGACACGGAAUUAAACAAUUGGAUUAUGAACAAUGCCUAUUUAUCAUUGUGCUCGUCUCGACUAACGUCUACUUUAGCUUGUAUUUCACGUUAUUUAGUUCAACGUCCUAGUGAACCAAUGCGUUGGAUUUAUUUAUUCGCUUGUCUGUUGGAUAGAAAUCAACUAAGUCAAACAACAAAUUUAUCUUCAAUUCAAUUGAAGUCAAAUAUUACUUCAAUGAAUGACAAAUUGAUUAUAUAUACAAAUAUAAUUAUGAAGUGUUUAUCAGUGAUUACUGAACUGAACACAGAAUGUCCCAUGAAUUUGGUGUUUGCCUCAGCAUUGGUCAAUUUUACAUCAUGGUGGUUAGAUGUUGACAAAUAUCACAGUAUAUCUAAACAAGUGGAAAACGUUUAUGAGAAUUUGUUGUUGAAUCUUCGACGUGCUGCCGUCCUCUUCCCGAAUACACCGAAUAUAUUGUCAACACUUAGAAAUAUCUCUGAGACAAUUCAUACUUAAACUUCAUCAAUCAUUGUUGUUUUAUGUAUGCAUCAUUCUAAAUCUUCAUUAUAUCUCUUUCUCUCUCUCCUAUCAUUGACAGUUGACUAGAUCCGGUGCUGCUAUUUUGCAAAUCCUCUUUUUCAAUGGAUAAUUAUGAAGGUUUUUUUCUUAUUAUUUGGAGAUUUUUCAAACUCAUUUUUAAGAUAUUACUUAAAUUCAAACUGAAAAGGUUUUUAAUUUUUUAAUAUUUAACUUUUUGAUCAAUUCAAAGUGUUGACUUGAAGCUGUGAUGGGAUAUUUUUCAUUUUGUAGAUAAUAAUGCGAUUUCAGUGAAUUGAAAACCUUCAUUUAGAUGUAGACAUUUUAGAAAGCGAUUAAUUUACUAUGCGUAUAUGUUGAAUCAAUUUGACUGUGUGAGAUAGUCUUG